CUCAGUAUCACUGCAAACAUAUAUUUGGAAAAAGUAGUAAAAAGACACCACUGUCUGCAAGCCUUAAGUGAGUGAUCCUGGUCAAAAUGACCGAACGCUACGACUGCCAUUACUGCAAGGAGUCCCUGUUUGGGAAGAAGUAUGUUCUGAGAGAGGAGAAUCCCUACUGUGUGAAAUGUUAUGAGAGCCUGUACUCCAACACCUGCGAGGAGUGCAAGAAGCCCAUUGGCUGCAACACCAGGGAUCUGUCCUACAAGGACCGUCACUGGCAUGAGGAAUGUUUCAAGUGCUUCCAGUGCAAGCGCUCACUGGUGGACAAGCCCUUCUCCACCAAGGAUGAACAGCUCCUCUGCACUGAGUGCUACUCCAAUGAAUAUUCCUCCAAGUGUCAUGAGUGCAAGAAAACCAUCAUGCCAGGCUCCAGGAAGAUGGAGCACAAGGGCAACAGCUGGCAUGAGACCUGUUUCACCUGCCAGAGAUGCCAGCAGCCCAUUGGCACAAAGAGCUUCAUCCCUAAGGACACCCGUAACUACUGCGUGCCCUGCUAUGAGAAGCAGUUUGCCAUGCAGUGUGUGCACUGCAAGAAGCCAAUCACCACUGGCGGGGUGACCUACCGUGACCAGCCCUGGCAUAAGGACUGCUUCCUGUGCACGAGCUGCAAGCAGCAGCUGUCUGGUCAGAGGUUUACCUCUAAAGACGACUUUGCUUAUUGUCUCAACUGCUUCUGCAACCUCUAUGCAAAAAAGUGUGCCUCCUGCACCACCCCCAUUAGCGGUCUCGGAGGUAGCAAAUACAUUUCCUUCGAGGAGCGCCAGUGGCACAACGACUGCUUCAACUGUAAGAAGUGCUCUGUGUCCCUGGUUGGCCGUGGUUUCCUCACUGAACGUGACGAUAUCCUGUGCCCAGAGUGCGGCAAGGACAUCUAACUCAGUGUAAGGGAUAAUGGAUACAUUUGGUUUGAUGGCAAUGUUAUGAUCAAGGAAUGAGAAUACAAUAAAUAAUGUCUAAACAAAUAGCAUAUGUACUACAAAGCAUUGCUAUGAAC